AUAGUGGUGGCGAUGUGUUGUUUGAUUACGGGGAAACAGGUUUGUGUAUAAGAAGUGAGGGUCUCCGCUGAGAGUUCUACGCGUUUGUGACCACCGGUUGGGUUUUGGUUUGUUCUUGCUUCUGUUCGUCGAAUUGUGGACGGUAUCGAUUUACUCAACUUCGAACUUUGUCAAAUUUGUCGCUAAAAGGUUUCUGAGCACGACUUUGUUUUUCCCUCCUGUACACUUUUUUGGCCUCUUUCGUUCUGCUUUUUCGGAUUUUUUUCUUUUUCUACGCUCCUUAACGUUUACGACGAACUCAAAAAUGUCUUCUGCCUCUAUGUUUGGAACCGUAAAGCGUCAAGCUGACGAAGGUUCAGAUCCUGUCGAUGUGCAUGUACGCGUUGGUGUCUUGGCUUUGCAAGGUGCUUUCAUUGAGCACAUUAACAUUUUAAACUCGUUUCCUGGUGUCCAGGCUUUCGAGGUGAGAAGUGCUGAUGAUUGCGAAGACAUUGACGGACUUGUGCUUCCUGGAGGCGAGUCGUCUACGAUGGGUCGGUUAAUCAAAAUUGACACCGCUUUAAGAGACGUUCUUGACAAAUUGGUUGCUGAGGGUUUGCCUAUGUGGGGAACAUGUGCAGGCAUGAUUUUGCUUUCGAAGGAAGCUUUGGGCGGCAAGUUCCCUGACCCGCACUUGCUCCGUGCUAUGGAUAUUACGGUGAUGAGAAACUUUUUUGGCCCUCAAACCAUGUCCUUUGAGUCGCUUAUCACUGUGACUGACAAUAUGAAGUUUGAACACACAAAACCAAUGGGUCCCUUCCCCGCGACGUUCAUCCGUGCACCAAUUGCCUCUCAAAUCCGUUCGGAGGAUGUGAAGGUGCUCGCUUCUAUCGUCCACGAGGGUAAUGAGGUUGUUGUCGCUGUCGAGCAGGGUCCCUUCUUGGGCACUUCGUUCCAUCCUGAAUUGACGGAUGACAACAGAUGGCACGAGUGGUGGCUGAAGGAGCGUGUCAUUCCCCGUAAGGAGCAUACGAGAAGCUGUUAGAAUGGGAAACGUGGAACACGGACAUGCUAAUGAUUGACACGUAGCAAAGUCUUUGAUAUAUAUUUUGGUUCAAUAGUAUACUUUUCGCUCC